AUGGCGCGUCGCCGGGUGGCGGAUAGGGAGCUAAUCGCGGACCAAAAGCGACCUUGUGCUUGCUCAGAGACGCAGGUGGAUUCAGGGAAUGGACUCCCUGUUUCUGCUGAGCUAGGACUGGCUCAUGACAUUCUUGUACCCCGUACGUCGAUCCGGCCAAAAGCAUGCAAUCAAGUGAUUGGGAGGCGCAAGGGAGGCGGCUUGGAGUCGCCUCCAACAAAUAAGCUCCACAUGUCCACUCCGGGAAAACGGAAAUUCUCCCAGAAACUCAUGGGACUAGAGGCUUGCAACCUGCCCAUAGGUUUUAAAAUUUUUAUGCAAAACACAGUAGUAGAAAAGAGUCUCCUGAUUCCGGAGGAAAGUUUGGUACGGUAG